AUGGGUGCACCGGUGCGAACAAGGUUCUGUUUGAAAGUUAGUUUGCCAAUACUUCACAACAUGUCUGAUGAAAUAUCGAUGGAGGUCCAGCAGCAGCCUGUGGCGGUUGAGAUUGCCGACUCCAGCACUUCUGUAGACAAGGAAAUGACAUCUGAGAAGCAAAUGGAAGCAGAAAUGAUUAAGCAGCGAAUGGAAGAAAUGGAGCGAGAAGCUGCAAAGCUUAGAGAACUUCAUGCCCAGCUAAGCGAAGACAAGGGAGGAGAUACCGAGGAGGAGAGACGGGAUAUCGAUUCCCGGUCGAUAUAUAUUGGCAAUGUGGAUUACGGGGCCACGCCAUUGGAGCUUCAGCAACAUUUUUCCAGUAGUGGAGUCGUCAAUAGAGUGACGAUUUUGACCAACAAACAUACUGGACAGCCCAAGGGUUUUGCGUAUUUGGAGUUUGCUGAUGUGGAUGGCGUCAAUAAAGCAGUAGCUACCCAAGACGGCUCGUCGUUCCAUGGUCGAGAACUCAAGGUGAGUGCGAAAAGAACCAACAUUCCUGGAGUCAACAGCCGAGGUGGACGCGGGGGAUUCAGAGGACGAGGAGCAUUCCGAGCGAGAGGACGAGGAGGAAGAGGACGAGGAAGAGGGCCUCGUGGGGGAGGCAGGUUUGCACCUUACUAG